UAGACUCCGUUCGCUGACACGCCCCGUCCACUCUUGUCCACGCUGCGCCGCGCAGUGUCGCGCACACCCCAAAACCCCAACCAACCAAACAACCCGACCCGCGGCCAUGGAUGCGGCGGCGGGCGGCGGCGGCGAGCCUUCGCCGGCGCCGGGAGUGGGCGGCCGGAAGCACCUCUCCUCCAUCGCCAACCACGUGCUCCGCCAAUGCUCCCUGACAUUGGACAGAAGUGUUGAUGAAUUAGUUGCAGACUUUGAGCUCGGUUUGAAGACUGCUGCGGUGGAUAACUAUUCAAGAAGACUUGUCGAGUUCUGUAUCCUUCAGGCGCUGCAAGUUGUUACAUCUGUUGAUCUAGGAGACAAGAUCCAUGAUGGAUCGCUUAGUCGGUUCACAUUUGAUAUGAUGCUGGCUUGGGAGACACCCACUCCUUCAGAUCAACAAGUUACCAUGGAGAGCAUAGCUAAAGAAAGAGAGGAUAAGAAGGAGCCGCUCGGAGCAAAUGAAGCUGUCAUGGGCGAUGAGACCUCACUGUUCUAUUCAGAUAUCAUGCCUCUUCUCGUGAAUGAAGAACCAACAGUUGGAGAAGAUGCAUAUGUGUGGUUUGGAUCUGUAUUUCCUUUGGCGUGCGAUGUUAUCAAUGCUCGAUUCACCUUUGAAGCCCUGACUGCUACAACCGCUAAUAGGCUUCAUUAUCCUGCUUACGACAAAUUCCUGAAAGAAAUGGACAAGUCUUCCGAAUUCUUGCAGAAGGUGUCAACUCCAACCGGAACUGAACUUGCUGAAGAUGAAUUCAUCUUGCACAUCGAGGGAACAGCAGGAACACAAAGGGUGGUGCGGCACAUUGGAACCACUAGUUGGCCAGGCAGGCUGACUCUGACAAACAAGGCAUUGUAUUUUGAGGCUUCUGGGAAAAUUUCAUACGAACCUGCUUUCAAAGUCGAACUUACAGGCAGUGAAAUAGGAAAACAAGUUAAAACUACUUCAACUGGUCCUUUUGGUGCACCAUUGUUUGACAAAGGCAUCGAAUUUGAACUACCAGAACCUUUGGUUUUGGAGUUUCCUGAGAUGACCAGCUCAACAAGGCGCAAUAUGUGGCUUACCCUGAUAAGGGAAGUAAUAUUCCUUCACCGAUUCAUAUCAAUGUACAGCAUAGACUCCCCCAUUCACAAAUGGGAGGUGCAUUCGAGAAUCAUAUUGGGGGUGAUAAGGCUUCAUGCUGCAAGAGAGAUGCUAAGGAUGUCGCCACCGCCUCCUUCUAGCUUCCUAGUAUUCUCGCUUUACGAUGAGCUUCCUAAAGGUGAUUUUGUGCUUGAACAACUAGCAAAUAAUCUGAAAGAGACGUCAACGAUAACUCCGCUCAGUGCAUCCCAUGUGUUCAAGGGUUUGAGCAAGUCGCAUCGGGUAGCUUUAAGUGCGGAGAUAGCAAAAGAGCAUGACAAGGACUCAAAUAGCCAUGAACAGCCCUUGGCAUCACUUGAAAACACUAUCGGUCAAGUAAGAGACGAGGCUCGGGAAGUCACCGUCGCUAACGUUGCUAUCGAAGGAAUGAAGGAGGAAGGUAUCACUGAUAGCCUUCUUGUACUGGUGGGGUUAGUAAGCCCCAUGAGCAAAUUGUUUCCAGUGAUCCAAAAGAUAAUCUCAUGGGAGAAACCACUUGUGACUAUCAGUGUCCUUGCCAUGAUGGUGUUAACCAUAUACAGAGAGUGGGUCGGUUUUGCGUUAGCGGCAUCCUUGAUACUGGCAGCAGGAUUCAUGGUUUGGGCUAGACAAAGAAAAAUCGGUGCACUAUGCUCAGAGGUGAUCAUCGACACUUCAUCGGACAAGACGACGAUGGAAAGCCUAGUGGAAGCACAGCAAAGCCUGAAAAGAGUGCACGAGUACAUCAAGACAGCAAAUGUCGUGAUCCUCCGAGUAUCGUCGAUCGCGUUAGCGAGGUCACCAAAGCAUACAGAAACGGUGAUAUGGAUGCUGACAGGGUUGGCGCUGGCGCUGGCCGUGAUCCCGUUCAAAUACGUCCUGAUCGGGGUGAUGGCCGGCGGCUUCAUGUCGAACACGAGGAUCGCGAGAGCCAUGUCGAACCCGCAGGGAAGCCGGCGGUGGAGGGAGUGGUGGGAGAGCAUACCUGCCGUCCCAGUUCGGGCGGUUGACGGGGGUGGUCUGUGAAGUGUUCGACGAAAUGCCGGCAGAAAAAUCCUCGGUAUUGUUCAGCUAUAAGCUUAAGUGUUCAUGUAUGUUUUUUGCUCAGAGAUGUGCCAUACUGCCAUCAUCUUUAUCACCUGUCAGCUGGUGUAUACCAGAAAAGAAAAAUGGCAGAGCACUUAACACGGAACACUUUGUUGGAUGUACUAACGGUUAAAUAACUGUCAAUGUGUGUUGAUAAAUAAAGGAAUACGUCAUAUAUUCAAUAUUCAA